AUGCCCUCAGAUCUGCUUAAGUAUGCUACAGUGUCGCCUACUAAUGACUCUGGGCCCCUAUGCCUACGCUUUCGGGACGCAAUGCAUGAUGCCGAAGACCUGGAUGAUUGGAACACCAUGCCAUCACAAUGGGAUCCUUGGAUCAGAACAUCCAACACAAAAGGGAACUGUAGUUCCAUUCCGACAAGUUUAGAACAGCCCGGAGCCAAAAUACAAAUGCUUCAUAUGGAUGCAAACUCGAGAAUAGCAGAACUCUUGCCCUCCUGCCACUCUGUCAGCAUUCUUGCGAGUCCUACGGUCCGUCGAGUCAUCUUCGAUCGCCGCUCUCAUCAGUUGUUGCAAACCUUUCUGUGGGUCUCAGCGUCGGAAGAACUUCAGCAGUUUUCAUGGCGUUCCCGGGUGGAGAGUUAUUAUUAUCCCGAUGUUCUGUGCCUCGAUCACUUCAAGCGGCAUCGCGCGACAGAACGUCGAAUGAAAAUACGAAACGAACACGCCGAAGGGUUCAUGGCUGCCCUUUUAGAGUUUACUGAGUGGCCUCCAGGCAUUUGGGAAUUGAUGAGAAUUACUCAAAAGAAGGACGAUGUUUUCAAUCAUGGUCGUGAUCGCUUGCUCUUCCAAGGAAUUACGAAUAGUGAGCAAGGGCAACUCCAAUUACCACACAGACCAAUCACCCGCGAGGCAUUCUAUGCUCUUUUGCCAGAGGUCAAUUACGACUGGCGUCUCGCCCACUUCCUCAGCAUGCAUUCGAGCCCCUUCAUCACCAUGAUAAAAGCACAUCUUGCCCCGAUGUUAGCAGCGGGAAAUGGACCCCUGGAACUGCUCCACGUCCGGAGAUUUGACUCAAGAACUAAGACAGCGAUGCAAGAGUGUUUAAACCAAUGCUCCCUAGUAUGCGGCGCCGGAGCCUGGGUACGUCGUAGCACUCUAUGGGCAGCCAAAGGCCUAGCGGGCACGAUUGAUGAACAACCGUGCCCUGACGCCACUACCCCUAUGGCCGGUGAUAGCAUUCGAGUUCUCACAGUUGCUUCCGCAUGGUUGUCAGGAUUCAAUCUAGUCCUCAACAGAGUCUUACGCGAGAACAAUGUGGAAGUAGAGGAAUUAGCCACCAUCCAGGAAUCUGUGAAUGAACAAGCUUACAACCAGAUAUCCCGAGACCUGCUGCAAGCAUAUUCACACCAAGUGGCUUUUGUAACCAAAAAGAAAUUGAAAGAGGGGGAGUUACCGAAGCUGUACAACUUUUUCACAAAGAGACCUUUCAAACCCAACCUAAAUCUUGCGGUGAUCGAUUGGGACUAUCUUUUCGGUCAAGAAAACAAGGUAUUUGGUGUUUAUACGCAUUUGAAGCGUUUGAGUGACGGAGGGACUACUGUUUGCAACUGGACUUGGAUUCCAGCUGGAGUAUGGAGAGAAGUCAGAGAAGAAAUGGAAAAGGUUCGGGAGAAGAAGCAGACUAAGAAGGAGAACAAUAACGAUGAGUAUUGGCAAAAUAAAUUUUAG